AUGGCCAACAAGAUUAUCGAAUACCAAAAGCUAUUCCAAGCUUCUUCCAAGCCAUUGUGGUGGAGACACCCAAGAUCGGCCUUGUACCUGUACCCUUUCUACGCUUUGUUCGCCGUGGCCGUUGUGGGACCAUUCCUUUACCUCCCAAACACCAUCAGAGGUAUCAAGGAUAAGAGAAACUAA